AAGGAAGAAAUGUGGGCGCGGGCGUUGUGGCUGGGACUUCAGGCCCCGCUGGGCUGGCCCUGGAGCUUCACCUCCAAGACAGAUCCUCAGGGCAGUGGCCGCAUCACGGCCGAGGCGAUCAAGCACCUGGAGCGUCUAGCACUUGUGGACUUCGGCAGCCGGGAGGCAGCAGCGCGGCUGGAGAAAGCUAUCGCCGUCGCCGACCACCUACGCGCCGUGGACACCGACGGGGUGGAGCCCAUAGAGUCGGUCCUGGAGGACAGAUGUCUAUACCCGAGAUCCAGCAAUGUAGUAGAAGGCAACUGUGCUGAUGAAUUACUACAAAGCUCCCAUCAUGUCGUAGAGGAGUACUUUGUGACCCCUCCAGGUAAUAUCCCUUUGCCAAAGCUGGAUGAACAAGAGCCAUUCCCACACAGCUGAGUAACUCAUUCUGGAAAAGGGGUACUGUGAACACUAAUGUUCCUGCUUUUCUCAGUCACCUAAAAAAAAUGGACGCUUAAGCAUUUCUUAAUAAUACACUCUUCUGAAGACAGAAUUGGGAAAGAUCUAGCCCAAUGAAUUCUAGAGCCCAAAGAUCU